UAAACCGGAAAGAAGAAGAAGAAGAAGAAGAAGAAGUUGAACGGAUGGGGAAGCGGGUCCUACCUGUGUCUGAGGAGAUCUAGUUGAUCUCUUGUGAGCUGUGUCUAAUCCAUCCAUGAGCUGUCCUCCCAGGACUCAGUCCACCUAGCUGCUAGCUAGCAGCUCCAGAGGUGUUGACGUAAACAGGUGGAAAGCUAGCUAGUCCAACAGCAGCUGUUCGGGCCCAGACCAACAGGCCAGUAUGGACUCUUGGGUUCGGUUUAACGCUCAGAGCCAAGCCAAGGAGAGAGUCAUUAGGGCUGCUCAGUAUGCCUGCACUCUGCUAGGCUACACACUGCAGAAGGGCGGGGCAGCGGCUGAACUGCGUAAAACCGUCAGUCAGCUGGAAGCACACAUGAGCCUCUCGAGAAAGUUGCUGCGCCUGGGAAACUCUGUGGAGGCCCUGGAGGCUGCCAAGAGGGCCAUCCACCUCUCUGACAGCGUGCUGAGGCUCUGCCUGACAAUCAGCCACCUCAACAGAGCCAUGUACUUUGCCUGUGACAACGUCCUGUGGGCUGGAAAAACUGGCCUCGUCUCCAAACUGGACCAGCACAAGUGGAGUCAGAGAUCUUUCAGGUACUACCUCUUUGCUCUGAUCCUCAACCUGACUCGAGAUGUCUAUGAGCUGCGCCUCCUCAUUGAGUGUGAAGAACGUUCCAGAGCUGCCAGAUCGCCACCCAGCCCCACCCUGCCCACUGACCACUCGUUGUCCCCCUCCGCACCUGAUGUGUUGGCUUGGCUUCGCAGACAGCUCCACCUGCUGGUGACGGUGCUGUACAGCAACCCGCCACUGCUGCUGGACCUGCUGAAGAACAGCUGUGAUGUCUUCAUCCCACUGGACCGGCUGGGGAUUUACCCUACAGGGCAAGGCUUUGUCGGGGCCUGUGGCCUGGCCUCCUCUGUCCUCUCCCUCCUUACCAUGGUCCACCCCUGGCUCAAGCUUAAGCCAUGAACCCAGAUACACAGUGGAGGGCUCCAUCUGAGGAGCUUUGAGGAGGACUCAGAUGAGAAUCUAACAGAGCUACCAAACCCUUAUCAUUCUGUAAAUGCAGCAGGUGCUAGUGACUGCUAUCACAUUUUGGAAUAGUGGCAGGGCAACAAAAUCCUUCAAAUAUCCUCAAACAGGUUUCUUCCGCUCUGCAUUAGAUGCUGCUUACACUGAUUAACAGCUCACAGCUUAUUACUGGCCUGCAUGUUUGAACUGAUCAAAGUCACAACGUCAUGCUUUAGAUGAAAGUUGUGACCCAGCAGUGUAGCAGUGCUGCACAGACCCCACACUCACAAAGCUAACCCUCAUCCAUCACAUCAGUCCUGAGUCAUCAUCUCCCAAUACUCUACUGAGAUCUCACACAUAUCUGUAACCUCACCUGGUGGUAAGGAGUCUUCUUAGUGGUCUACAAGGUGGGAACAAACCACAUCAGAUGGGUGCAAAAUAAAAACUUAAGAAAACUGGAUUUACCCCUACAUAGAUGGGUCAUGUUGCCUACGCUUGGUGUUGGCCUCAGUUAAUUUAGUUAACAAAUAAACGCAGACCGAAACUAAAGCCAAGAAUUCUUUAGGGAUGAGGUGAUGAUGGUUAUCAUUCAUUGUUCAUCAGUUUUAACAAAAAUGGUUACUGGCUAUCAGCAGCACGCAACUUUCAUGUGACCGUGUCUCUACUCUUACACCCACUGGGUUUGUUGUUUUAACCUUCUAGCGGGUAUUUAGUUGUUUGAGCCACUAAGUGACAGAACUGUCCGAGUCCUGUGAGAUAGAGAUGCAGGAAGAUGAGACUCCAAACUAAAUCUCGUGAGGAGAAAAGCGUUUCUGUAGCUGAUCUGAUGUUAGGGUUGGAAGGUUCAGUACACUGAACUUGCACUUGUGACACCAUCCAGCUGUGACAUAAUAAGUCUGAUUGUUGCAGACAGAAUGCACCUUUGUUGUGCCUCUACCUGUCACAGUCUGGUAUGUCAUACUGAUCGCCAUCAAUUUGAUUUUGUGUGUGUGUUCAUUCAUCCAAUCAGCGUGCAGCUCAUUCUCAAGUUCCAAAUAAUUAUACGUAAGCUUGGGAGACUCUAGGGAUCAAUAUGCAAGGUAUAGGUGACAUAAUUGAUGGAGGCAGCAGCAUGCUGCCUUUUGGUCAUGUUGUGAAAUAGCUUUUUAAAAUUUUAUACCUUCAAAAGAGAGCCAGCCGACACUACAUGACCUAGGGUACAUUCUUGUUUUAAGAAAGCAGUAGCUUAGAGCUGUGACUUCCAUCAGCUGUUCAGACUACAGCAUUUGAUUCUAAAGCCAAAACACAAUGCUUUAGAACAAAUAUUGUUUGUUACACCAAAUUGUGUUGCAUGUUGUAGCAGGCCCUUAAAAGCUUGAAUAGGGAGAAUAAAGAAUCCUGUCAUUGAUCUAGACUACACUUUACCCAUUCUGUUGUCCCCAUGUGGUGUACAGAACUAGAUCCGUCUUCGCCCUUUGUCAAGUGAGUGCCGGUACAGCUCGACAUGUAAAUAGGAAAAAACUGAAAUGUCUCCCAUACUCAGAUGAGCAAAUGCAUAUUUUCUAACCUAGAAUUUGAAAUAUCACUGCUUGUGUUACAUUCUGUUUGGACUUAAUGAUCUAAUUAUUAUUAAUUUUAUUUUGAAUGGUCACCCAUGUCACUUUUUGGCAGUAAGCAUCAUGUUGUCAUUUGGGAACCUUGACCCAAAUAUGUCACAGAUACCGUCAAGCAAAUUUUACACCCAUAUAAAAUUGUGUGCUGAAAUCUG